AUGUUUAAAAAACCUUUCACAGUCAAGAAAAAUACAAAUCAACGGAAUUCCGAUUCCCGAAAACUUUUCAACAGGUUGAAAGAAGAAGUCAAUGCAGAAUCUAAGAUUGACAAAAAAGGGCAGGUUGCACAAGUAAAACUAACGACCUUCGAUGGAACCCAAAUGAAUGUAUACACAAUUGACAAAGUUCCGAUGCUGUUCGAUUUCAGUGAAACUGGAAACAUCUAUCCGACCAUCUUUUACCUGUGGAACAACCCGAAAACGUUUCCGGUACUUGUAUGUCAUUACCCAGUACUGGAGUACCUGGAAAACGGAGCUGAUCUAAUGCUACCCGGAGUGAUUCGUUCCUCAACAUUUGAAUUUCCAACUUUCCGAAAAGGAGCUCCCGUUGCAAUCGCCUUCCAUUGCACAGAGACAGGAACCGUUUCAGGGCCGUCUGCUAUCGGAUGCUCCCUAAUGUCUUCAGAUGAAAUGAUUGCAUGUGGAUUCAAAGGAAAAGGUGUUCAAGUUCUUCAUGUUUUCCGGGAUGAAUUAUGGAGCUUUGGACCAAAAGGAUUUCCACCAAAUAUUUCUGUAGCGGCAUGGAAUGACUAUGGAAAUGAAACUGAGGAAGACGAAGAUGAAGAGGAAUACGAAGGAGAUGGACUAGGCAAACCACUCAUGACUGAAGUGAAAGAAGUGGGAAAAGAAGAACCGAUUCAAGAAGAACCCAUGGAAAAUCUAUUGACAAGGUGCUUCCUGGCUGGCCUGAGGCAUAGAUUCACAAAAAAUUUGUUGCCAAUGGACGUUGGCCAAUUCUAUGUUCAAUGUGUGUUAUCCUGUGUUCCUGAUGGUCGAAAGCUUGACAUGAAGAAAACUCGUUUCAAGAAGUUUGCCACAUUUCUCGAAGAAAUCAAUGAGUUAGGAGACGAUUGGAUUAUUAAAAUCACACCGAACAAACAGAAAAAGGGAGUGGAUCUUGUGACGGAUAUCAAUUACUCGAAUAAUUUGUUCCGCGAUUUUGAAGUAUCCGAUGAGCAAGUUGUCGACAAAGCACCAGCUGAGAAGAAGCCGUUCGAAGCUCCUACUAUUGCGGAGCAUUUUUCUAUCACUGAACCAGUACUACGAUUAUUCCCUGGAUUUUCUAAAGGAGAUUUGUUGACAGUGAAGCAGAUCAAGGAGCUGAUCACCAAAUAUGUCAAUGAUAACAAACUAGCAGCUGGAAAGUCAGUCCGCCUGGAUCCCAUUCUCUCUUCGAUCUCUCGAAUUCAAUCGGAAACUGCUCACUGGGCUGAUCUGAUGAAGGCACUUCAUGCUAAGAUGACUCCCACGUGGCACAUUCGUUGGGUGGAUGGAAGAGAAAUAGUUCGUAAAAUCAGUCCGCCAAAGGUUGAGUUCAAAAUCGAAAAUAGAGCUGGAAAUAAGAAAGUUACACUGAUAAACGGACUAGCAAUGUUUGGGAUUGACAUUCGAACAAUUUGUCAGCAGAUUCAGACUGGUGUAGCUACAAGUGUAACCAGCCAAUGGGAGGUGCCAGGAGUCGAAGGACCACAAGUUCUUGUGCAGGGAAAUCAGAUUCAUUUUCUUAGUGAUCUACUGAUAAACUCUUAUGGAAUCGAUAAAAAAUUCAUCAAAGGAAUGGAGCUCGCAGUUAAAAAGAAGAAGUGA